AUGGCCGCGAUCGCGAUCGUCGGCAUCGGCUGCCGGUUCCCGGGGGACGCCUCCAACGUGGAGGAGCUCUGGGGGCUGAUGGCGGAAGGCCGCAGCGCCUGGUCCAGGAUACCAAGGUCGCGGAUGAACGCGGCCGGCCACUACCAUCCGGACCCGAGCCGCCAGGGCAGCUUCCACAUCAAAGGAGGCCACUUCCUGAAGCAGAACGUGGCAGCGUUCGACCCAUCGUUCUUUGCCAUAUCUCCAAAUGAAGCAACAGCCAUGGACCCCCAGCAGAGGAUUCUUCUCGAGGUCACGUACGAAGCAAUGGAGAGUGCUGGAAUUCCACGAGAGUCUUUGGACGGGAGCGAUACCACCGUCUGGAUUGGCUCCUUCGUCAAGGACUACGAGCAAGUGUGCCUCCGGGACCAGGACGACGCACCUCAGUAUGCUGCAACUGGAAACGGCAUCGCUAUUCUUGCGAACCGCAUAUCCCACAGCUUCAACCUGACUGGAACAAGCCAAACGGUCGACACUGGCUGUAGUGCCAGCCUCGUCGCUAUUCACCAAGCAUGCCAGAGCUUGCUGAGUGGAGAGUGCUCAACGGCAAUCGCGGGCGGCGUUGGCUUGAUCCUGACACCAAACACGAUCCACCCAAUGACUUCUCUUGGAUUCCUGAGCGCCGAAGGGAAGAGCUUUGCUUUCGACUCCAGAGCGGAUGGAUACGGCCGCGGUGAAGGCGCCGGCAUUGUCAUUCUUCGCAGACUGGAGGACGCCCUGGCAAGCAGUGACACCAUUCGUGGUGUGAUUCGCUCAACCGUGAGCAAUCAAGACGGCCGCACUCCUGGCAUCACUCUUCCAAACAUGGAAAGCCAAGCAGACAACAUCAUCCAGGCUUAUGACAAGGCCGGGCUUAAUCCACUCAGAACGGGGUUUGUUGAGUGCCAUGGAACAGGAACAAAAGCGGGCGACGUUCGGGAGCUACGAGCCGUUCACCGAUCCAUCACCAGCGGGCGACACAUUGACGACCCCGUGUUUGUGGGAUCUAUCAAGACCAACAUCGGACAUCUCGAGGGCGCUGCCGGAGUUGCAGGCCUCAUCAAGGCUGCCCUUGUGGUCGAGAAGGGAAUCAUACCCAAACAUCUCAACUUCGAAAAACCCAACACCGAGAUCGACUUCUCAGACUUGCGGGUUCGUGUUCCUAUGGAGCUGACGCCCUGGCCAGAGCAAGGCCUCCGACGAGCGAGCGUCAACUGCUUCGGGUUCGGUGGCACGAACACCCACGCCAUCGUCGAGGAUGCCGCGCACCAUCUGGCAGAAGCUGGACUGCGAGGCUUUCAUGCAUGUCACCUUUUCGAGAGCUCCAACACUUGCCCUUCAACCUCCCAAACAAGUCUGAAUGAUGAGCCUCGGCUGUUUGUGUACUCUGCCCACGAGAAGAAUCGCGUGGGAGUGGUGGCCAGACUUCACGCAUCCUAUUUCCGCAAGAAGCUCAACCAAGAAGACAGCAGCGACCUCAUGGACCGGUAUGAACACACCCUCCUCAACCGACGGUCGAGACUGGAGUACAGAUCCUACAUUAUCAGUCGAAACCACCAAGACCUUGUCAAGAAGCUGUCCGCCGGCGCAGUCGGAGCUGUCAUCCAAUGCCCGCGAGACACCAACACCCGCCUUGCCUUUGUCUUCUCGGGACAGGGCGCCCAGUGGUGGGCCAUGGGGAGGGAGCUCCUGGACUACCCUGUAUUCCGAGACAGCAUUGAAGCUGCCUGUCGGUAUAUGCACAAAUCCCUGAAUGGAAGCCCAACCCUGCUCCAUGAGCUAGAAGCCAGCACAUGCGAGGAUGACUCAAUCAUCGACCUACCACAUCUAUCGCAACCACUCACGACAGCGAUACAAGUAGCCCUCGUCGACCUUCUCCAAGCAAGCAACAUCAUGCCAGCAGCUGUUGUAGGACACUCGUCAGGCGAGAUCGCGGCUGCAUAUGCUUGUGGCAUCAUCAGCAGAGAGAGCGCAUGGAAAGCUGCUCACUUUCGUGGACACUGCGUCGCAGAGUGGCAAGCCGACAAGUCCCAGCCAACGGGCAAGAUGCUCACGGUCUACCUAUCUGAGCAAGAGGUCCAACAGUACCUCGACAUUGUCCCACCCGGCUCGGUCGGGAUCGCAUGCUACAACGGCCCAAGGUUUUUGACCCUCUCCGGAGACCAGGAAGCCAUCCUCGACAUCGAGAAGGAGCUCAAGAGAAAAGGUCUCACCAGCCACCUGGUCAACGUCCAAGCAGCCUACCACUCGCACCACAUGAACGCGAUAGCCGGCAGCUACCGCCAAGCGAUCGGACAAAUCGAGAUGCAGAUGCCGCCCGUCGAUGGAGCCAAGAUGUACUCGUCGCUAACGGGGUCGGAAAUCCUGCCCAACGACCUGCACGCCGACUACUGGGUCAAGAACCUCGUCUCCCCGGUCCUCUUCGACAAGGCCGUUACGGCGAUGGUGCAGGCCAUCAAGCCCGACGUGGUGGUGGAAGUGAGCCCACGGGUCGUCUGGGCCACCACCAUUGGCCGGAUCCUCAGGGCCAUGGGCCACCCAGUCUCGGUUCCCUGCCUGUCGGUGCUGCACAAGGGCGCCAACGCGGCCGAAUCGGCCCUCAACCUCCUCGGCGACCUCUGGGCCCGAGGCUGCGAUAUCGAGACGGGCUGGGCCCGCGGCGGCGGCGACGGCGGUCGUGGCGACGGAGGCGAGAGGUCGCAGGCUGCGCUGCCGCUGCAGCACCUGUGGGACCUCCCUCCCUACCCCUGGAACCACGACAGGAAGUUCUGGUCCGAGUCCAGGAUCUCCAAGGGCCACCGGUUCCGGGCCCACGGCCGCGAGGACCUGAUCGGGGCGCCGGUGAACCCGGGCAUGCCGACGGACCCGGCCUGGCGCGGCUUCUUCCGGCUCGGGGAGAACCCCUGGAUAGAAGACCACCAGGUCCAGGGUGCCAUCAUCUACCCCGCGGCGGGCCUGGUGGCCAUGGCGGUGCAGGCGGCGGUUCAGCUGGCCGAAGGCUCGGGCCGGGAGGUGGUGGGGUUCGAGGUCUCGAAUUUCGAGAUCUUGAGCCCUGUCAUCAUCCCGCGCUCGGCCGACGGCAUCGAGCACGCGAUCCUGACGCGGCCGGCGGCGGUGGCAGCGGCCGAGGGCGGUCCGGUGGCUCGUCGGGCCUGGGCAGCCCACGAGUUCAGCAUCGUGACCGGGACGGGGGGCCAGGCCCACCACAAGCACGCGCAGGGGCUUGUGACCAUUCUGUACGGUGGCGGCGGCGGCGGCGGCAGCAGCCAGCAGGGCGCCGAGGGUGCGUUGGGGUUCGAUCCCCCACAGCUGCGCCGCGAGUACGAGGAGGCCAGGUUCCUGUGCGGCGACGUGGUGGCGCCCAGGCACCUGUACGAGCGGCUGGCGGGGCUGGGGCUGAACUACGGCCCCAUGUUCCGCAACAUGGUGGCGGUGGCCAGGGGCCAGCUCGGCACACACCAGUGCCACAGCGAGAUUCGGGUGCCCGACACCAGGGCGGGGAUGCCGCUGGCGUGGGAGUACCCCCACGUCAUGCACCCGGCGACCCUCGACGCCAUGGUGCAGACCGUCUUCGCCCUCGGGGAGGACGAGGCCAUGAUGCCGUGCUCCAUCCGGAGCGUGUUCAUCUCGGCCAAGUCGCCCCGGGCGGCCGGGGACCGGUUUGUAGGCUACACCAAGGCCCGCGGCGCCGGCCCGAGGCAGGUGUCGGCCGACGUGGCCAUGUUCGACGCGCGGGCGGCGGCGGCGGACGAGCCCAUGGUGGUGGUCAAGGGGCUCUUGCUAAGGUCAGCCCGCCCAGCCGACGGCCUCGGCCACCUUCCGAACCACCGCAACCUCUGCGCCGAGGUUGUGUGGAAGGAGGACCUGGGCGGCAGCGCGCCAGAGAGCCUCGAGACCUGGCUCGACCUCCGCGGGCACGCGACGCCGUCGCUCGCCGUCCUGCAGGUGGGAGGAGGAGGAGGAGGAGGAUCGGCCGCCACCACAGCUACCACCGCCGCCGAGUUCGCCCGCGUGCUGGCGGGCGGGUACGAGACCCCCCGCUUCGCGUCGUACACGCUGUGCGAGUGCCCGGAGGCGGCCAUGGCGGAGCUGCAGGCGGCGGGCUCGCUCCCGAGCAGGGUCCUCGAGCGGGUGGCGUGGGACGCGGUCCCGGUGGAGGCGGUGCCCGAGGCGUCGCACGACCUAGUCGUCGCCCUUGUCGAACGGUCCCAGCUCCAGGACAUCACCGCCGCGGGGUUGAAUCGCGUGCUGGUGCCCGGGGGUCAUCUGGUUAUGGCGGUGGAGGAUGGCGGCGCUGGCUGCGGGGGCGGAGAGGCGGGCCUCGAGGAGCUGAGGUCUGUGCUCGUGUCGGCCGGGUUCGAAGAGGCCGGAACCCUCGCGGGCUUCGGGUCUCUGCCCGAGGGGCAACGCUACAUGCUUGCUAAAAAGCCGUCCGCUCCGGCGAGGCUGCCGCCGUCCGCCGCCGGCCCGGCCCACGAGGUGGUCGUGGUGCUGCCGCAGGAGCCGUCUGCCCGCGUCGUCGCGCUCGGCGGGCUCAUCGAGAGCCGCAUCCGAGGAUCGUCCCUGGCCGGCGGCCGGUGCAGGUUCGUGCGCUUCUCGCCCGAACUUGACGCACUCGAGGGCGAGGCCACCCACAUCUCGCUCCUGGAGGCGGAGCACCCUUUCAUCUUCGGCGUCGACGAGAGCCAGUGGCCGGCGGUGCGGAGGCUGCUCCUGCUGCCCAGCAUGAUCUGGGUCACGGGCGGAGGCCAGAUGUCGGUCCGGGACCCGCGCAUGGCGGCGGCCGUCGGGCUCACCCGCACCCUACGAUCCGAGGACAGCCAGAGGAGGCUUGUCUCUGUCGACAUCGAUCUCCAGGCCGACCACGACGACGACAGCACGGUCCGGGCCAUCGUGGCGAUCCUGCAAGCGAGCAUGGCCGAGGAGGGCGGCGGCGGCGGCGCGGCGGCCCAGAAGGAGGUCGAGCACGUCGUGCGGGGCGGCAGGCGCUUCAUCCCCCGCCUCAUGACCCUCACUGCCCUCAACUCCCUGAUUGAGAAGGGCGACGGGCGGCCCGAGCACGUCGAGGACUCUGCACUCUGGCAGCAGGAGGGCGGCGGCGCCGGCCGGCCGCGGAAGCUCGCGCCGGCGUCGGUCGCCGGGUCCGACGGCCUGUACUUUGAGGACGACGCGGAGGCGAUUCGGCCCUUGGGCAAGACGGAAGUGCGCGUCAAGAUCGAGACGUGCCAGCUCCUGCCCGACGACAUGGACGCCAUCGCCAACCACAGCGGCGGCGAGGUCGGCUCCGAUGCCAAGGGAAGCGUGGUCGAGGUUGGACGAGAAGUGACCAGCUGCCGUGUCGGCGACGCGGUCGUCGUCUUUGCCCGCGGCACCAUCAAGACAUCUGUGGUAGUUCACGAGAAGUUUGCCUGGACCCUGGACGGGCUCGCCAAGUCCUCCUCACAUUUGUCUCCGACAGCCAUGCUCACAGCGACGUACGGUCUUGUUGUCUAUGGCCGGCUGGAGAAGGGGGAGACGGUCCUGGUGCACGCGGCCGCCUCAGCAUAUGGCCAAGCUGCCGUUCACAUCGCGCGCGCCAAGGGAGCCGUCGUGAUCGCCGUGGUUUCGAGCGAGGAACAGCGCCGGGUGGUUCGAGAGAAGCUGCACAUGGCCGACAAUAUGAUCCUGAGCGAGGACAGGCGUCUCGCCCUCUCAGUCCAGAGUCUUACAGGCGGAAACGGCGCUGAUAUCAUCUUCAACCCGACGCCCCGUCAUCUUGCAGCAAACUUUGAGUGCUGUGCCGAGUAUGGGCGUGUUGCGCAGCUGGCAUUCAAGUCCCUCGAGGCUCCCGACAUGCGCCAGGCGGUGGUCAAGCAGAUUUCAUUCGAGACUUUCGAUAUUCACAACCUCGCAAAGCGCCGGCCCGCGAUGAUGGACAGGACACUAUUACAACUGAAGGAACUGCUGCCUCUCAAGACACUCGCCAACAUGCAGGCGUACCCCACGCGCGAGCACGGCUUCGACAAGCUGGGCGCUGCCUUCAAGGCGUUCACCGCAGACACAUACCUCGGCUCUCACACACUUGUCGCGCACGACACGGCUCGGAUCCCGAUCCGCAUUAAGCUGACUAGGUCGGCCGAGCUGACGGCGGAGGGGACGUACAUACUGGUCGGUGGCUUCGGCGGAAUCGGACGCGCCAUAGCGCAGCUGCUCGUCAAGAAGGGCGCCCGACACCUCGUAUUCCUCUCUCGCUCCGGCCCCAAGUCCGAGGCGGCCAUGGGCCUGUUGAAGAUGCUGAAGUCCCUCGGGGUGACAACGCGCAACGUCCCUGUCGAUGUCUGCGACGAAGAUCAGCUGCGAGAGGCAGUGGCCACCAUCCAGCUAGAUAUGCCUCCCAUCAAGGGCACGAUCCAGUGCGCGGCCGUACUACAGGAUUCCGCAUUCGUGACCAUGACGUUCGAAAAGUGGCAAGCGGCCUUCCGCCCCAAAGCGAUGGGCUCCUGGAAUCUCCACCGCUGCCUGCCGGACGACAUGGACUUCUUCAUCCUCCUCUCGAGCGCCUCGGGCGUGCUGGGCAACCAGGGGCAGGCAAACUACGCGGCGGGCAACACCUUCCAGGACGCGCUAGCCGAGCACCGACAGCAGCAGACGAGCGACGGCCCGGACAAGAGCAGGACUAACCUCUCGCUGGACCUCGGCCUGGUGCUCGACGCCGGCAUGGUGGCCGAGAACGAGCGGCUCCUGGGUGCGAUGCUCGCAAACGGCUUCUUCGGCGUGCGCCUGGCCGACGUGCGGUACAUACUCGAGCGCGCCAUGGCCCAGACGGCGGUGGUCGUCAAGACCCCAACGGAAGGCAUCCUCCGGCUGCCCGCGCAGGUCGUCACGGCCCUCGGCACGGGCGGGCUGACGCUGCAGAGCGGCAACGAGGGGGGGCCGCGCCACUGGACCAGCUCGGGCCUGUUCGACUACCUGAACAUGGUGGACGUGCCCGCCGACGUCGCAGCCGCCGCCGCGUCGCAGCCCAGAACAACCGCCGCCGCCGCCAGACGGCCCGGAAGGAAGGGCGCCAAGGAGCUGGCGGCCGAGAUCCGCGCCGCGCCCUCGCCCGACGAGGCAGGCAACGUCGCCGUCGCGGCCGUGGCGCGCCAGCUGGGCAGGCUGCUGGACAACAACAACAACAGCGGCGGCAGCAGCAGCGAAAGCACGACGAUGGACGUGACGCGGUCCACGCGCGACUACGGCGUCGAUUCGCUCGUCAAGCUCAACGUCACGCGAUGGAUCGCUAACCAGACGGGUGUGGCCGUGGGCGACAUUGACGACUUUGCGAGCAUCCGCGACAUUGGACACCACGUCUCCAGGCGCGUGCUCGAGAGCGGCGCCAACGAUGCCGAGUGA